CUCCAGUUAUUAAUAUGGCUCUUUGGUUUUUGUCUCUAUUCUCUUUGGUUUUUCCGAUUACGAGAUUUUAAUGUUCAUACUCGAAUUUCAGAUUCAUUCCUUGAAGCUCUUGCUCAUCUUUUCUCUAAACAUUAUUUUCUUUUCAUUCUCUCUAUCUUUUUGUUGCUUUAUCAUUUGUAGCAGCUCACAUCAAUGGAAAUUAAAUAAAGCAGGAAAGCAGAAGAAGGCUUUCCCACUUUUCUCUUUACAGAAACCCCAAGCCCAAGCUUCCCGAAAUUCUGAGCACUAUCGGUUACAUUUAAAUAUACAAGCAAUCUGUAUCUGAAGAUUUGAAGGGUAAAACGUUUGUUGUUCUCACAGGGAUCGGAGAAAGAAUCAGUUCCUCAUUCCAGCUCUCCUCUGUUACCAAUUCUGUAAAAACUUUUGUUUUCUGGGAAAGUUUAGGUUUGGUUGGGGGAUCUUACCAGAGAUUGUGAGAUUGUUUUGUCUGGUGUGGGUUUCAAUUUGUUAAUUGCAAAGUUUUGUGAGCUGAAUUUUGUGUGAUUUUGAAAAGGUGAGUCUUUUUCAGAUUCCUCAAGGGUGGGGGGGUGGCUAUAGUAAGAUAGAGUAUUCUGAUUCCUUUAACCAAAUGGGCUCUUGAUUUAACACUGAUAUUGCCAUUGUUAAACCUCCACCUCUCCACAUUUCCUCUGCUUCUUCUCAACAUAUUCUUAUCGAUGAAAAAUCUCAAAUUCUUCAUCUUCUUCAACUCCUGAGAAUAUAAUUUUCCUGGCGUAAGUGGGGGAGAUGGAGAUUUUAUUGCCGGCGGCGUCUUCUUAUCUAUCCAAUUCCGGGUGGUUGUUUGAAGAAACGAUGAGCUUCACCAAAUGGACCCCUGCGGAGAACAAGGCAUUCGAGAAUGCUCUUGCUCUCUACGACAAGGACACGCCGGACCGGUGGAAGAAGGUGGCGGAAAUGGUUCCCGGGAAGACGGUGUCGGAUGUGAUGAGGCAAUACAAAGAAUUGGAAGAUGAUAUUAGUAGCAUAGAGGCUGGGCUUAUGGAUUUGAUUCCUUUUCCGGCGAAUACCACUAGGUCUGCUUCUGUUUCUGCUUCGGCUUUUACAUUGGAAUGGGGAUGUAGCCAUCCUUUUGAUGCUCAAAAGCAAUGUUUCGCGGCCGGAGGGAAGCGACCCCCGGCGAAUCGGCUGCCGGAGCAAGAACGGAAAAAGGGUAUUCCCUGGACUGAGGAAGAACACAAGUUGUUUCUGAUGGGCUUAAAGAAGUAUGGAAAAGGUGACUGGAGAAACAUUUCUCGCAAUUUUGUGAUCACCAGAACCCCAACCCAAGUCGCUAGCCAUGCCCAGAAGUUCUUCAUUCGCCAGCAUUCCGGUGGAAAAGACAAGAGGAGAGCCAGCAUUCAUGACAUAACCACCGUGAACCUCAACGAGAACCAGACGCCUUCCCCCGACACUAAGAAUCCUCCCGGUUCAACAGACCAGCCCGUCGUGGUCUCCAGGCACCAAAAAAUGCCCUUUCACUGGGAUCACCUCGGGCUUAAUUCAGCUCAGGCCAAUUUGUUCAUGUCCCCUCCUUAUGGACUAGAUUCUUCAUAUGGGAUGAAUAAAAUGCAAAGCCUGGGCAUUCAAAGAGCUGCUGCUAUGCAUCAUGAGUCUUCUUACUUUGGAUCUCAGAUUAUGCCCUUUCAGAUUCAAUCCGCUGCGCCUCAGUAUUAUCAUGCUUGAGAUUUGCAUUCUAGAAAACCGGGAAUAGCAAACACAAAUACCGCUUCGUUUCAAUUUACUAAUCUAGCUAGCUCUGUUUCUGCUCUUCGAUUCUCCUGUGAAUAUGGUUUUUGACUUUUUGGCCUUUUGAUUUAGUCUUUCACUAAAGUUUAUGUUCCUAGGGAGUCCAUAAUUCUGGAAAUGGUUUGUCAAGAAAGCUUCAGUUAUGAUUGGAACAAUGUAAUUCCAGGCUCACUUUCUAUAGAGUUGAGAUUCAAGAUUUUCAGGGGCAAUCAUCAAUCUUGGCUAGACCCAAAUCUGAUAAGAAAUGGGAGAGUCUUAUGAUGUCUGAAAUCUUGCCAAUUGUGCUUAAAUUUACACACAGAUUCUUCUGUUAUAUAUAUCUACUUGGGUGUUUACAACA